GCGACGGUGCCCCGGAGGCCCGGGGGAUUAAUUGCGACGUUGGGUGCGCAUCUGGCACUUGCGAGGACAGGGACGAAGAAGCUUUAUCGUCCGAGCGGCAGAAGGGUCUGGUCUUCUCGCCUUCCUCUCUCUCUCUCUCGCGCACGACACGGAGACUCGCGGUGCCUUCGAGGUGACGACGAGGCGAGGCGAGGCGAGGCGAGGGGGCUCUUUCCUUCCUACGACGCGUGCUGGUGAUUGUUAUUUAGACUCUUCGGCCUCGUGCUGCUGCCGAUUCGUACCACCUGUAGAGGAACGGGGAUUGCUGUUUUCCUCUCUCUAGUCUCUGAGUUGUGAAUCUGCACCGACGACGAGGGAAAGAAGGCUGGAAUCGGUCGCUGGUAGCGGAGGAGAAACUUGUAGUCGUUGACUUCGUUUUUUUGAGGAAGAUUUAUUGACAGUGAGUUUUCACGAGAUGGCUGGGGUGGCACUUGGAGCGUGCGCAAGCCCGAGGGUGGCUUCGAUCGGAUCGAGCCACAAAUCAGUAGUUGCCGAUGCCGGAGUAUCCCCGGCCUCCGUCUUGGUCUCUCCUAGGUCUUCCAAGCGCCAAUACCGCAAGAUUUCCGCCGUGGUGCUGCCGAAGUCAAUGAAUGGCCUGCGUCUCGCUUUCAGUCCUCUGGCCUCACCGGUACUGAGGCGGUCUCCUCGAGCUGUUGGAAUUAGGGCAGAGGCAUCCUCUGGAGGGCAGAGCUAUGAUGUUGCCCCACUCGAGCCGGAGUCUCCAACUGGUCAAUUCCUUGUCUCAGUUCUGAAAAGCCACCCGCAUCUGUUUCUCUCGGCUGCCGAGCAGCAAUUGGGUGACAUGGCGAAGGCUCGAGAGGCAGAUGAAGCUAGUCCGUCCGGCACUGACUUAGUUCUUUACAAGAGGAUAGCUGACCUGAAAGCAGAGGAACGACGAAAGGCCGUGGAGGAAAUUAUAUAUGCUUUGAUUGUGCACAAGUUCGUCGAGGCCGACGUGAAUCUGGUUCGGACUUUACCAUCCGUCUCUGACACUGAUACCAGACAGGUGGAGAUUUCGCCUGCACAGGAGAAGCAGCUAGAGAUUGUCCAUUCAGCAGAGGCGUUGGAGAUGGUGAGGGAGCAUCUGGCCGUAGUUUUAGGAGGAAGGGGAACAUCCACUUUCCUGGAUCAACACACGAUUGCGCACAUUAGCAAGUUGCGAGUCGGCCAGGUUUACGCUGCAUCGAUCAUGUACGGUUACUUCUUGCGGAGAGUGGACCAAAAGUUUCAGCUCGAGAAGACGAUUAAGGCCUUGAAUCGGGGAAUGGGUGAACUUCUUGAAGCCGACACGUUUCAAAUAUCGGACGACGACAGAGUCGACGAGACUGCUGCCGGUAGGGACCCUCUUGCAGCUGAGGCCGCUGCUGCCAUUGCCAACUUGAACGCGUCUGAUGCAGCGAGGCAAGGGUUUGGACCAAACAUUCUCCCUGGAGGCAUGAAGCCGAGUAAAUUAAGGUCAUAUGUGAUGUCUUUUGACCCUGACACGCUGCACCGAUGUGCAACUAUGAGGGCGAAGGAGAGUUUGAACGUGAUCGAGAAGCACGCUGAAGCUCUGUUUGGAAAGCCGGAAAUUCGAGUUGCUCCUGAUGGUUCCUUCACCGUGGUUUCUGAUGAUACAAUCAGAGUUAGUUUUUCUGGUCUCAGAAGGCUAGUGCUGGAGGCCGUUGCUUUCGGUAGUUUCCUCUGGGACGCCGAGAGUUAUGUGGACUCUCAAUACAACAUCAUUGCUCGCCAAUAGUGUGUAAGUGUUGUUAUAGCCCAUCAUGCGGUCAAAUUAAAAUGUACCACUAGCCUAUACUUAGAUCAAUUGUCAGCCAUUGUAGUAAGUUCAUCGGCAAUCUUCGAGAUUGUUCAGGGCAAGCAAAAAGUCUUGUCUUCCAACGCAUUUAGUUGAACGGGAACUCAAACCUUUGUCCAUAUUUGCACCGGUCCCGUAUCCAUGAGGAUGCUGUAAAUCGUUAUAAGUCCGUAGCUUACUCAAGGUAGUCACGAAGCUAUCAUUGGCAAAGUCUUCUUCUCUGAAAUUGCAGAGAAUGUAAACAUCAAGUUACAGUUUUUAUUUUUGGUGUUUUAAACAAACACGCCAGCAUUGUGGUUCGUGAACUGUCUAUGUCGAUGUGAAAGUGAAGUGGCAAAUUUUGUCUAUG